AUGAAUACGACGUCAUACUUCCGUUCCGUGAGAAGACUGGCAAUUAAAUUGAUGUUCAAGUACAAAAGACAAACCUCCACACAAAGAAGCUACCAGGAAGUCCGAGACAGAUUUAGUUAAACUCCUGUCCGAAGCAAUUUUAAGAACAAUGAGGUCGACGACAAGGAAAUUUCAAAAAAUAGUACAGAAAGGAGAGAUUACAUGGAAUAGUACAUAAAAUUGGAAAAAACCCUUCAAGCUUUUCGAUUAUUCUGUUUUAAAAAACAAACUAGAAUUAUUUUGCCGCUUCUCAAAGCAAGCAUUGGGUAAAAAAAAGUCAAGAUGAAUUCAACACACUUUUUGAAAACUAAUUUUUAGAAAGGUAGGGAUUUUUUGUAGUUUAAAUGGAUCUCAUGCAAGCGAAACUGCCCUUUGUUUUAUCGAAAUUUCGUGCUUCUGGAGGAUCUUUGUUUAGUUUUUUUCUUUUCUCAUUCGCUACAAUUCUGAUUUCGAAGAUGAAGAAAUAUCAGAAAAUAAAGACCUUGACUGUUGUAGUUUCUAGAUUUCAUACCGUAAAUCUACCCCAUUUUGAAUUGCCGCGCAUUAUUAAGAUGUGCAGGCCACCUCGAUCCGGAAGCCGGGAAAACUUUUCCAAAAUGGAUCAACCGAUAUGGAGAAGUUAUCACGGUUGAAGGAAAGUCCCUCGACGAGACUACGCAAGUCAGGCUUCUACUCAACAAAUUACCCGACGAAAUCUAUGAGCAAUUUGCUGCAAAGAUUUGUCCCAAGAACCCCUCCACGGAAUCUUAUGCGGACGUAGUCGCUACGCUGAGCGACUACUUCGAUGUUAAAAGAUCCCUGCUGUCCUGGAGAUUCGCAUGCACGCAAAUAAGUCGUCUGGAUGAAAUCCAGCGGCUUACACGUCCCGUAUCAAUGAAACCUGCGAAAAGGCCAUGUUGAAAGACAUCACCCCAGAAGAAUGGAAAACAUUCUUUUGGAUUAAGGGCCUUGACGCAGCAGGAGACACUCAGAUCCGUGCCCAUUUCAUCAAGUUCAUGGAACGACGAGUAGAAAAGCAAACAACCCACCACCAUCAUGGACCUCUGCGAAGAAUGGCUGAGGAUUCAACGACAGAAAAACUGAAGUCCAAGAACUUGGACAGAAGAGAGUUCUCGAGUUGAAGACCAAAAGCCUCCCCCAAAAACCCCGGUAGCUUCAGAAGGAAAUCCUAUGAACAGGAUGACCUGUUGGAAUUGCGGCAGAGACGGGCACUCCUCACCCGUUUGUCGCAAUCCCAAAUCCACCUGCGACAAGUGUCAUCGAAAGGGACACUUGGCGAAAUUUUGCAAGUCCACCCGCGUCACCAACCCCAGGAAAACGACUACGUCAAAGCCGAACACCUGGACCCGGUGCAAAGCUGUCACAGUUGCCAACGCAGAAUCCCCCCAAGUGCAAGCCGUCCGACGCUUCAUCGAUGUCGAAGUCGAUGGCGUCCAAAUCCCAUUCCAAAUGGACACCGGCAGCGAUUUGACUCUGGUCGGAACCCCCGAGUGGGAACGACUAGGCAAACCGCCCUUGGAAAACGUCCCUUUCCGAGUGAAGAAUGCCAGCGGAAGCGACAUGGACAUCAAAGGCCGCUUCAAGUGCAACUUCCAGUUGAAGGAUUCUCACGCCAGCGGCUAUGCCUACGUGAGGAAUUCCGGAAACUUACUCGGAUUGGACUGGCUUGAAAUCCACCCACAUGAACUACCACCUUGACCAAAUGAUCAAUUCCAUCGAGAACGGUAGACCGUUCGGUGAACAGCUGAAGGAAGAAUUUCCGGAAGUGUUUGCUGAAGGUCUAGGGAAAUGCAAUAAAGAGCAAGCAAAGCUUACCUUGAAGGACAAUGCAAAUCCAGUCUUCAAGCAAAAGCGCCCCGUCCCCUAUGGCUCCCUGGCAGCAGUCGAAGGCGAACUGAAUCGUCUUCAGCAGCUAGGCGUCAUUGAACCCGUUACCCACAGCCAAUGGGCCGCACCCGUCGUGUGCAUUAAAAAGGCCUCAGGGAAGAUCCGAGUCUGUUCUGAUUUCAGCACAGGACUCAACUCAGCAUUGGAAGACGAAGAAUAUCCCUUGCCCACUUCCGAAGAGAUCUUCGCCAAUUUGAACGGAGGAUCCGUUUUUACCCAAAUCGACCUCAGCGAUGCGUAUCUGCAAGUUGAGUUAGAUCCUGAAUCCCAGCCUUACGCCGUCAUCAACACCCACAAAGGCCUUUUUCAAUACAAAAGGCUACCCUUCGGAAUCAAGACGGCUCCGGCGAUUUUCCAGAAAAAUCAUGGACAAAAAUGAUUACUGGAUUGAAUGGCGUGGCCGUUUACUUGGACGACAUCAUCGUAGUUGGCCGUUCCCAAGCCGAACAUCGCGAAAAUGUUCGGAAGGUCUUCGCCCGUAUCCGUGAAUACGGCUUCCACCUUAAACUUGAUAAAUGCGCUUUCGAACAAAGCGAAAUCAAGUAUCUGGGAUUCAUCCUCAAUGCUUCUGGACGCCGACCGGAUCCUGAAAAGGUUAAGGUUAUCCACAACAUGACCCCUCCGAGAGACCAGAAGGUUUUAAGGUCAUUUCUCGGCAUGAUUUCCUACUACGGACAAUUCAUCCCCAACAUCAAAGCAUUGCGAGGACCCUUGGAUCGACUUCUGGUCCAAGAUGAGGAUUGGAGGUGGACUAGAGUUGAAGAGCGUUGCUUUCAAAAGCUCAAAGACGUUUUGUCCUCCGAUCUGAACCUCGUUCAUUUUCAUCCGAAGCACCAAAUUGUACUGGCCGCCGACGCCAGCGAGUAUGGCAUAGGCACAGUCAUUUCCCACAUCAUGCCCGAUGGCACCGAAAAAGCCUAUUGCACAUGCAGCAAGGUCCCUUACCGAAACGGAAAAGAAGUACUCCCAAAUCGAAAAAGGAAGCCUUGGCUCUCAUUUUUUUGGAGUGAAGAAGUUCCACAAAUUCAUCUAUGGAAGACGCUUCACUCUCCGCACUGACCACAAGCCCCUUUUAUCCAUCUUUGGAAACAAGAACGGAAUUCCUGUUCACUCCCAAAACCGGCUUGUGCGAUGGGCGAUCAUCCUGCUCGGAUACAACUUCCACAUUGAAUACGUCAACACCGAUAAGUUCGGGCAAGCCGAUGCCUUGUCCCGAAUGAUCCAACAUCAGGAGGCCCUUCAACAAGACGACGUUGUCAUCGCGAAAGUGGAAGUAGAGGUUCAAGAAGUGCUUCGAUCCAGCAUCCGAAGACUUCCCCUGACCAACGCGGGCGUCCAAACCGCUACUCGUCAGGACAAAGACCUCCAACACCUCAUGAAGUUCGUGAGAUCCGGAAAAAUUCCCUACAAAUAUCCCUCCGACUUUGCGUUCAUUUGCAUCAAAAACGAGAUGAUUUGAACGUAGUCGAAGGCUGUCUCAUGGUCGGCGAACGAAUCGUCAUUCCCAAGACCUUACAGCGAGAAGUUCUUCAAGAACUCCACGCUUCCCACGCCGGAAUGGAUCACAUGAAGCGAUUGGCCCGAUCCGUUGCUUUUUUUGGCCCGGAAUCGAUGCCGAUUGCGAGAACUUCGUGCGAAACUGCAAAGCAUGCAGUUUGCACAGCAAAUCUCCCCGGAAAGUCCCUUUACAACCUUGGCCCGCACCCGAACGUGUUUGGCAAAGGAUUCACAUCGACUUUGCCGGACCCGACCAAGGACAAUGGUAUUUGGUAGUGGUAGAUGCCAAGAGCAAAUACCCGGAGGUAAAAAUUGUUCACUCCAUCUCCGCCGCCAAUACCGUGAAAGUCCUCAAGGAGAUUUUUGCCAGAAAUGGUUACCCCGAAACCAUCGUCUCGGACAAUGGAACCCAGUUCACCUCCCAACAAUUCGCAGAUAUGUGCCAGAAUGGCCAUAUCCAACACAUCAGGACUGCUCCCUACUGUCCCCAGUCCAAUGGUCAAGCCGAAAGGUUUGUCGAUACCCUCAAGAGAGCCCUCAAAAAGCUUCAAAAAGGGGAGGAGAAGAUAUCCGAAAAUAUCUUGAACCAAUUCCUAAUGAUAUAUCGACGCACCCCGCUCACAGUUUUGCAAGGCAAAUCUGCCGCGCAAAUCCAUCUUGGUCGACAGCUCAGGACAGAGCUCGACGCUCUGAAACCUCGAGAUUCCGUGAACCCACUUCCCUUGACCAUUCACCAGCAAAACAUGAAGGAUUGGUUUGACCACCAUAAUGGAGCGAAAAACCCGAAGCUUCUCCCCCAGGCCAGUCCGUGUUAGCUAAAUGCCAUACGGCUAACGCAUGGAUUUGGAGACCCGGCCAAAUCCUCAAAAAAAGGCUGGUAAAGUGAACUACGAGGUGGAUUUGGGAGAAUCCAUCAGACGUUUCCACACCAACCAACUUAAAAGUGAUCGCUCUCAUUUUGAUUCAGUGAACGAUACCUUUGACCCAUGUCUCGACGUGUUGCUGGACACCUACGAUGUUUCUCCAGCCAGCUCAAGCUCAAGCAGCAGCAGAAGUCCAACUUGUGCACCGACAACGUCUGGUCCACAACUGCCGUGCCCAGCCGCUCCUGCAGCUACAACCGCCGUUCCAUCGACGAGCCAAACCAACAGUCAAGCCCAGCAGCAAGCCCGAACGACUAUGGCCGCACCAACGCAGUCAGUCAACGUGCCGCCAGCACCGCGAAGAUCUACACGACAGCGAAAUCCUGUUUCUCGUUACGAUCCUUCACCGUAACACAAGUUUUCGCUCAUCUUCCGGCGCUCAUCUAA